ACAUCCUGAUGGAUCGGGGAUAUGUCUGUGUCACACUAUGAAUUCCGUUUUUGCUUUCUGAAUGCUGUUUUACAAUUGCGACUGUCCAUGUGGAUUAUUGCAUCUAUUUUUAUAGCCAAGGUUCUGUCUGGGAAGAUGUAACGGAGCAAUCAACAGCGCUGACUGGUUCUAUUUUGCUGGAACAAUAGUUUCCCCGCAAGCUGUGCUGCUCAAUCUCCACAUGUAGGACAGGAGGGCUGGGGUAUGGGCCUGCCCUCAAAUUGAAGGACAUGGGUAGAGAGGACUGGAGACAUUGUAUGGGGAGACAUUUGGUCUUCCUGCUAACCAUAAAAGAGUGGCCAAGCCCAAACCUUAGCAGCAAUGGCGAGGCAUGGGGCGUUAUGUUAAGGCCUGCACUGCUGGGGAAGCUGGGAGCCAAGCAGCUACAGCCAUGCAUUGCUGCCACAGGCUUGGGUUCUUGGUUCUCUCUCUUUCUUCCUUAUGCCCAGGCACUACAUUUGCAUGCAUCAAAACAAUGAUUCCUCCGGGGGAAUGCCUCUAUGCUGGGAGGAAAAGGAGGAAACCCAUUCAGAAACAAAGGCCUGCAGCUGGAAAUGAAAAAUCCAAUCCUUCAAAGAGGCACAGGGACCGCCUAAAUGCAGAGCUAGACCAUCUGGCCAGCCUCCUGCCUUUCCCACCCGACAUAAUAUCCAAGCUGGACAAGCUGUCUGUGCUGCGCCUCAGUGUCAGCUACCUGCGAGUCAAAAGUUUCUUUCAAGCCAUUCAAGAAAAGCACUUUAAGAAGCAAGUUGGUCAGUCAAUAAAGGAAGACAAUGUAUCUAACAAGACUGCUGUCCAAGAAGGUGGACUUCUGCUAGAGUCACUGAACGGUUUUGCAUUGGUGGUGAGUGCAGAUGGAAUGAUAUUUUAUGCAUCAUCAACCAUUGUGGACUACCUAGGGUUUCAUCAGACUGAUGUAAUGCACCAAAACAUAUAUGAUUACAUUCACGUUGACGAUCGCCAGGAUUUCUGUAGACAACUGCACUGGGCCAUGAAUCCACCUCAGAUGUCUGGACAGCAACUACAGACAGAAACAGGAGAAGAAUAUAUUCUCAGUAAAUUGUUUAAAGCACAAGAGAAUGACAGCACAACAACAGAUUAUUCUUCCUUCUUAACUCGUUGUUUCAUCUGUCGAGUUCGCUGCUUGUUGGACAGCACUUCUGGCUUCCUUACAAUGCAGUUUCAAGGCAAACUCAAGUUUCUUUUUGGACAAAGGAAGAAGUCCUCAUCAGGAGCAGUAUUACCACCUCAGCUGUCCUUAUUCUGCAUAGUGGUACCACUUCUUCUCCCUUCUGUGACAGAGAUGAAGAUGAAAAGCCUACUUGUGAAAGCAAAACACAAAGCUGAUGAUGCAGCAGUGAAUACAAACUCCAGUUCCAAAGGUAAUUCAAGUCUGUGUGAAGCAGCAGAAUUAUAUGGAAGAAAUAGUCAUCACGAAGGUGCAGCUUUUGCUAAUGUAUUACAGAUUACUGAAAACCAGUUCAAAGCGAAGAAUAAUGGAGAAAAUGGCAUUUCUCUAGUCAAAGUACAAACAAAUGAAGAUCACUGGGUCUGGGUUCAAGCUAACGCUCAACUUCUGUAUCGAAGUGGUUGUUCAGAAUAUGUUGUUGCCCAACAGCAAAUGCUGAAGGAAGAAGAUGAACAACUGAAGCUACCCAACACUUUUGCUGGUUUGAAGGGAAACCUGGAGGGACUUUCCUACAACAGCGCCCUUGAAACCCUGGGCCAACUGAAGCAUCUCAACUGGACAGCAGUUAAGAAUGAGCAAGAUAAUGUAAAAGUGAAGUUUGAGCCUCAUACAAAUGGUGAGUGUUUUGUGCAGGAGGAAUCACUCACUUCUAACACGCCAGUUUUAGGCAUUCAAAACAACUGCACCACAAACAGUAGCUGGACUUUCAGAAACUCAGGCUCUUGUUCUAUAAAUCAGCGAAUGAAUGCGUGUUCAAGCAGAAGAGCUGGAUCAUUCUACAACAGAGACCAGAGUUUCUUAAAUUUAGCAUCAACUUGUCCUUCUCACUGGGGUAGUGCAGAAAACUGUCAGUCUUACUCAGGCUUACAACAGCGUGCCAUGGAGAACUAUACUGCAGACCACCUGAAACUGCAGAGAUCGCUAAUAUCCUCGGAGUCUCUCUAUGAUGCAGCGUUUCCCUUGGAUAUGCCUAUUAAAACAGAAUAUGAUUCUGAUUCUGAGAACAUUGCUGAUAAUUACCUGAUGCCACAAAACCGAGCCUGGCUGGAUGAGAAUGGCACCAUGAGGAAGCAGUUGUUCAGCUAUCCCAAUAGGGUGCACCUGAAAGCAGAACCGGACCUCUGUCAGCAAGCUUCACCUUGCCAGAAGCCAAGGCACUGCCUUUAUACGCCACAUAAUUGGCAGUGCAUUGUAGCAAAUCAUCCCAGCAACCUCAAUCUGAACAGAUCUUGCAAGGGUUUGCGUAACAGAGAGGUGGCCCCGUUUUGCCCCCAGAACUCCUCUGCCUGCUUGGAAAGCCUGCCUGACCUGCCGCACACCGAGGGCUACAACCAGUUCUACAGCCCUGCUCCAGGGGACAAGGAGCAAAAUAAUGAGGUGUUUAAAAUGCCGUGUGAAUUUAAGAGCCCUUGCUUGGUUCAAGCAAUCAAGCGUGAGCCCCUGGAUUCCCCACCGUUGUCUAACAGUGGACAGAACAGAGCACACAUGAGCUUUCCUGAAAAUACAAUAGCAGGUCCUGUGCCUCAUAAAGCCACUGAAUGUACAUUCUUACAGUAGAUUUUAUAGCAUUGGGAUUAUUUAUAAUGUCGAAAGGAAGAAGUAAUUGUAGCUUCACUUCCAGCUGGGUUAAAUGAGUUAUUACAAUUAAAAAACAGUGGGAAGAUGUUGAGUGUGUGUGCGCGUGUAUGUCUGUGUGUGGAACAAAACAGACAUAGACGCACACUCACUCUCAUACGUGCCCUUUAAACACAGCCAUUCUCUUAGUGAUCUGUGGAAAAAAAGAAAGACAAAACCUCAGAUACAGAAAAAUAAUCAGUAUUUAUUGCACAGCUGUACCUGCUAAUGUGGCUUCACCCUUUUUCCUCUCAUGUCUGCAGUUCUGUAACAAGGUGUAGCUAUUUCUGGUUUUUGCCUUUGCUCUUUUUUUCUCAAGCUAAUGUGAUGCCUCUGUGAAAAGACAAAAUGUUUAUGGUGUUCAGUGUGGCCAGGAGUUUACCUUUGGAGUUAACUCAUUUUUCUUUUUAACCACUCCAGUAAGUAUCAGCUGUUCCUUUAUCUCUACGCUGAGUUACUGACAACAGGCAAGGGCUUCCCAAACACACAGAGUAUUCUUGAUUUAAAAGGACAGCAUUAAUUUAAAACACAUAACAUUCACAAAAUGCAUUACAAAUCAUUGCACUUCAAACUAAGUUUUUCCCCUGGUGUUUUCUAGACAAUAAUAAUGCUUUAGUGCAUAUUUUCCAUUUUAAAGCCAUUCACCUUUUAUGUUUGAUUGAAAGACUGAACAAUAGGAUGUUAUCCACUUCUUUAAAUGAGUUACAAAAGGCUUUUAAAUGUACACUAGAAGGAUAUAUUUCACCAGUUAUCUUCCUUGCUCUUACUUGUAACAUGAAGAAAAGAAAUGCACUUUUAGAUGUGAUGGUAUCUCUUCGACUGACAGCAGCCUGUUAGUCACUGUCACCUGACAGAGGAACUCCGAUCCCACACUAAGAUUAGAAACAUGGUUUUUAAAGAGCAUCUUCAUUUCAUCUCCUAAAGAAAAUCUUAAUCUCACUGAGAGACAACUGGAUUUAUGACUUUCAAAAGCACUUUGGUGCAUUUCUGUGCUUUUGAAAACAGAUCCAUAUGCUUUCUUUUGAAGCUGGAUAGUCACGUAUUUCCACUUUAAAGAACAAUCUACAACUUCAGUUUUGGUUGUUGUAGUUUGACUCCUGCACUAAUUUUGUUUUACAAUUGCACUAUUUCAAUUUUAUAUCAUCUUCAACUAUAGCAAACCUAUACCAUUAAAAAAAAAACAACCCACAAACAACUAGAUAUAUACACGUGCUUUUUGUAAAGAAACCCUAGAGUGAAUGUUUUCUUUUUCAAAAUAUUAUAAAUAAUUCUGAUGUCUUCAUUCCUUCUAGCCACUGUGGGCAUGGCUGUACAUAUGCCAGCAAAGUGGCAUAAACUUCUCCCUAAUGCUAUAAGUGGUUGAAGUGCAGUUUUCAGGUAGGACAAUAGUUUUGCACAGGGAGUGGUAUCUGGGAGGCCGCUCUUCUCCAGCUCUGGUAGAAGUUACUGCCUGCACAUUAGAGUUGGCAGAAGUAAAUACAUGCAUUCCCCGCAUGUCGGUUCAGCUUAUGAACAAUGGUUUGAUCUGAAAUGCUGCACUUUACACAGAAAUGAAACUUCUGAUGUUUGUCCUGCAUAAGGACGCAUUCCCCACAAAAAGGCAAGAGUGGAUAAGAAGGGCAAUAAUGUCUUUCUGCAGCUCAAGUUAAUUCUGCCAUAGUUCAGCUGACUUAACUCAAGCCAAGAGAACAUCUCAUGUUUUUAUAUUUAUCUUUUCUUGUAUCUGAGAUAUAUCAGUUCCCUGCUGACUACAUUCUGUCUCUUACUUGAGACAGUCUUGAUAUCCUUGCCUUAACACUUUCACCAGUGGGUACAAUGCAACAUCAGACCGCAUUCAGAGAUGAAACCGUAAUGGUGGAAUUGACUCCAUAAUCUAGUACAUCAUUCAUCUUGCGUAAAGCUAAGCCCAAUCAGGCAAAUUGAUCUUGGUUUUCGAGUGAAACUGUGAGAAAUCAGCAGAGCUGCACAAAGUCUGCCCCACUGAUUCACUAUCUACAAAAACAAGAGCAGAAAUGGGGUAUUGUAGAGAUAGGGCGAUGUGGAGCAAGUGGAGGACAUGAUGGCAUGACUGCCAGAAAUCUGUUUAACUCCACUCUUGGACUCACUGUGAUACUCCUCCAAAUGAGACUACCCAGGCCUGCCUGGUUUAGCACUACCUUACACGUUCUUUUGUCAUUUGGAUUAGUGCAGUGUGACCAUAAAACACUACUAUCCACAUUAAAAAAAAGUGUUAUCAGUGGACUCUGUUCUGGAAAAUGUUAUCACGUGCAACAGUCUCAUAUGAAAUGCACUUAUUAAGAGAUGGGCAACUUAUACUUUUAGAUAACUGCUGGGCACUAUUGAUAGGAAAAAAAAAUAAAUUAAAAGGUCAGUUUUGUGUAAGAACUUUGUAUAUUGCACUAUUUGGGCAAAUUAAUGCUGAAAACCAAUCUCUCCAUAUCUGUUUUUAAAGAGCAGGUAUCUGUCCUUUAUCCCCUCUGGACCAAAAUCUGAAUUUGCAUUGUACCCUGUUAAAUUACCAGUGAUUUAAUGUUGUAAAACCUUUUUGUACCCAGGCAUUAAUGAUCCCAUGACAGAGGAAGAAGAUGGGGCAGUUGCUUUAAAUCGUUACUUUGUAUUGGUCGCUGUUUUGGUAUUAUUGGUACUAUUUUAAAAACUACCGCUUAGAAGAGUUUAAGAUGCUUCCAGUCAGUGAUGUUUGCCUUUUAUCCUUAGUAUUUAUAUCCUCUAAGCACAGCCCUAAGAUGUGUUUUAAUUUCUCUCAUAGAAGAAAUGCCUGGUGAAAUGCUUGCGUGCUACAAACACGGAGUAUUCAGGCUGAAAGAAAUGCAUUUCUUUUUCCAGUGUGGACAUGAUGCUUUCUAAGACCUGACUGACAAUAGCAUUCAAACUUCCUCAGCUGUCAAUUCUUCAGAGUCAGAACAAACUUCUUAAUUCUGGUAUUCAGAGGUUUGGUGGUUUGUUUUCUUGGAUUUGUGUGUGUGUGUUUUGUAGUUUGUUUGAAAGUGUAUCUGCCUCUGAGAUGUCACUUAUCCCACAGACGCCAGAGAUUAUCAUCAGUGCUAAAGCUGUUACCUUCACUGUGAAUUUGGCCUGAUUUAGCUGUUAGUGGACAGCUGCACAGAACCUUGCAAAUGCUGGUCCAAUUAAAGCCCCUGUUUUUACCUAAAAACCAGACUGAUUUGAGCUAAAGGUAAGCAUGUACCGUAGAGUGGUUAUUCUAAGGUUUGCCGGGAUGCAGUAAAGACCAGUGGCUCAAACUGAGCAGACCUUCACUGUAGGUAACACUAUCAAUAAUUUAUAUUUAAUCCGGACUCUUUGGAUACCAAAAUAGAACUUUGAGAAUCUGAAGACAGAGCAAUGUGUGCAAUGGCAUGGCCUGGUUUCAGUUGGUCCACAGUCUAUAGAUUUAACUAGUGAAACAGAAGAGCAAACAGCUAUACCAAAAUUCUUUGUAGGACAGACUGACUUCCUAGUGCUUGAUUACAAUGUGUUAAUGUUUUCAUUGCCCUUGAUUAGAAGACACCAAUAUAUUCUUGAAGUCCUUUGAACUGAGUCUCAGUCUCCUCUGGAUGGCUUAGGAAGGUCUGACAUUUGUGUGUCAGCCAGUUCAGAAAAACUCAUUGUUACGAUCCUUGAUAUAGUAUUAACAUUGACGGGGCAUGUGCAAUUCCCCUGGAAAUUCCCAGUGCUUAAAGAACUUAGGUGGAAAGCAUCCAGCUUGAGGCAAGGAAUGGGCUGUGGGAUAGAAUCAGCUUCUGCUGCCUGGAAGCCCUGCUUAACUCGUUCUGUGGAAGCCAUAUUGAAACUUAAGUAGAACAACCUCACCCAGGGUAGUUAUUUCAUAAAAGCCAUUAAUUUAUCUCAAAAAGAAAAAAGAAAAAAAAAAGAAUAUUUUAAUU